AUGCUCGUAGGAUCAGCCACCUUCUGGGCAGCGCGCACAACACCGAGAGCAGUCAAACAAUCAGAUCCAGAGCUCGAGUGUGGUCAACAAACCUUAUCAGAGCUGUGGGAAGACGCCUUCCGCCAAUAUCGCAUCACCACCGGCGUAAACCUCAAGGACACUGACUCAGUCCUAUAUCGGCGGCUUAAGGACUGCUUUGGCUGCGACGCCGUUGUCGAUGUGCUCGUCGAAGCCGCGCAAGAUUUCGGACUGUAUCGGCAUCCGUCGGCUGGUCGAGUGUAUGAGGAUAUACGCCGCGCCCUCAAGCCCAUCGUGCGCGCAGUGUUGAGCGCUGGUGCGCUGGAAGCUGGCGGGGAACUUGCUUCGGCCUUCACUCUGCACGGAGGGAAAGCUCCUUUCGUGGCUGUGAUGGUUCUUCUUCGAGCUACUCAGGGCGUUAGCGCUCGCUUCGACGACGUGUUGCGACUCCUGGAACGAUUCAGAUACUACAUGCAGCGACUGAGGAUCAGAGAAGAUAUGCCCAUGGAACCGGAAAUGCGUUCCGUUGUUGUCGGCAUCCUUGUCAAGAUGAUACACACGUUCGCCAUCGUGACGAAGACGAUGCAGAAGAAUCGCUUUGAGCACUUCAUGUCUGUCCUCGGCGGUACGAAGAACGCGGCUUUCGAUGCCGCGCGCGAGCUCGAGAUGCUCGAAACUCAAGAUACGCGGUUGAUUCUCGCCAGCGUUUACAAGGAAGUAUAUGCAUACUCUCACAUUGCCCACGAGUCUCUCUUGGCGGACGUGAAAGACGUGAAGGAUAGAGUUGCUCAAGUGCAGGAUCGGCUGGACACAAUGUCGUGGCAGAUGGCGGAUAUGUCCAUUCGCAUGCAAUAUUCAGCCCCUGCAAGUGUUGCGUCGAAUGCUGCAUCCACGAACGUCGCGACCUUACCAGUUUGUGCAAAUGUGCAGACAGUCGGAACUGCGGAGAUAUGGCGCCUCUGCUUGGCAGUGACCUAUAACAAUACAGUUGCGAGUACGAAACUUCUGUCUGGCAGUAUCCUCUCCACACUGAAGGAAGCAUCUGACCACGACCGGGCUAAUCUGGAGAAGGGCCUCGUCAUUCUCUACUCUAUCGCGGCCUGCAUCGCAGGAGCGAACAUCGACAUCUCCACAUCAGCAGCUAUAUCGAACCCUAGGGUAUUCGCUGUAACGUUCCUUCCCAUGGCCAUGACUUAUCUUGCUGCAAUACUCUGUUUGAGAAACCUUCCUCGUAACCCUGGACACACCUGCACCAUCGUCAUUAUCGACGUCGUCGGUGACCACGCACUUGUGCCUUUGGAAGAAUACUCGUCGUGGGCGGACAUCCACGCACUACUUCUUCGCCGGUUCAUAGACAAACCAGGCGCCACAUUUGUGAGCUCUGGCGAUUAUAGAAUCAUGGAUACGGCCGGAGAGUCGGCGAUCAUCACACCAACAACAUGGGCACAGAAUGUGAAGGCGGGCAUGAUCCUCGAAAUGGGCAUUAUCAUCCGUCAAACAUCAUCUCUGCUCCGUUGCCCUUAUUGCGAUUUCUUCGCCUCGCAGACUCUUGACGCCGACGAGUUUCUCCGCUGUAAGAAAUGCAAACGACAAUACAGAGCAUCGAGUGCAUUGAGCGCGGAGGUUACAGAUAUCGAUGAACCCGCUACUAGCAGUCCUCUCACUGGCAACGAUCCGUCGACAGACGACAUCAUCUCAGAAGCGACUGAUUUGUCGGCGCCCACCAAUAUUCCGAACCUCACACUGGCAGGGUCCGCUAACCACGGAGGGUCCGCUCAUGACGGCGAGUCUGCGGUGGAAGGUGAAGAAUCGCCACACACAGGAGACAUGACCUUGUUUCGGAGGAUCCUGGUCGAAGUGUUACCAGACACACAUCACACCUCAUACGACAAAUCGCAAGAGAGCGGCGGGCUGUCCACGAUGGCGGAUAGCGACUGGUUCCAAGCACAUGGCGUCCCGCGCGAUCUCUUUACGAACCCCUCUUAUCCAUCACACGAGGUCAAAGCCGCCGUCAAUCGUAUGCGGGAAUCUAUCAUCGCCCAGAACGCAGGGCCUCAGGCGACACAGAGCCAACUAGCGCAGCUUCAGGCGAUGCAGGGCCAGCACGCCAACCGCCGCGCGCCUAGUAGACAACAGGCGCCCGGACCCGGUCAACUGCCAAACCCGGCAACUCCCGGCCUUCCGCACGCCUCUCCCAUGCCACAGCCUGUGAACGUGAACCCGCAACAGGCGCCGCCACAGCAGCCCGACGGUCCCCAGGCGGGCGGCGGCAUGACGCGGGACAAUCUCGCGGCGCGUCUUCGCAACCUUCCACCGUGUCAGGAGGAGAUGUUCCCUCGUGCGUGGCAUGCGUGGAUGAAGCAGGGCGGCGUUGCGUUGAGCAUGGAUGAUAUUCAGCCGCCCGAGGUGCUCCAGGGCAAGCCGAGCAUCUCGCUGUGGCGUUUGCACGCAUUGCACCACGCGUCGCAUCUGCGGGAGUUCGAGAUGUGGUACUUCCAGAUAAGCCGCGCCAGGAUCAUGCAAUCGCAGGGCCAGCAGAACCAACAAGCGGCACGUAUGGCCCCGGAACGGGUCACGCAGGCCAUGCAAGCCGCCGCGAUGGGCGUGUCGGCCGAGGAGCUCAAGGCGCGCGGUGUCGGCGACGACGUUAUCCAGUUCGUCGAGGCCAACCGCGAAGUGCUGCUCGCGAAGCAUCGCGAGGAGACGGCGUUCAAGCAGGGGUUGCAGCAGCAGCAGGGUCAGCAGCCCAAUAUUGCUUUGCACCCACAGCAGCCGCCGUAUAUGAGGGGAGGGAUCGGACAGCCAGGUCAGCCGCAUGUAAACGGCGGCGGGGUGGGCGGGCCAGGUAAUGUGCACGCGCCGCCGCCACUGCCUCUCCAGGGGCAGCCUCCGCAGCUCUUCGGGCCAGUUCCGGCUGCGCGCGAUCUCAAGGGUGUGCGUCCGGACGGAUCGAUUGACCUGGUCUUUAUUCUUGCCGCGCAAGAGUACAUUAUCAAGAUGAAGGACUCGAUCGAGCCGCAACUUCUCCGCGAAAUCAACGAUGUUGACCCGCCUGUUGAUGCUGAUAGGAAUGAGUGGAUGGCGCUACUCGAGCGUGUAUCGGGAUUGGCGGCUGAGAUCGAUCAGACGCUACCGACGUUCAUCGCCUACAUUCAAGGCCCGAACCAAGAAAGAGAACCCUUUUUCCGCAAGUAUCUCGGCGACAUGUUGACUGUCGCAUUUCAGAAGAGGCUCGUAUUGCAGUCAGAGCCGCGCUUCAUCGUCGACCAGAACACACUACUGGGUUAUUUACAGCUGUUUUCGAACUUUCUAGUCAUAAUUCACAAUCGGACCGCUGCGGUACGACUCGAGCUAAAACAGCUCCAUGGUUUCGCGCCCAAUGUACCAGCUGAGUACCUGGCAAGUGAUCCGUCAUCGUCCUCACCGACUUUGAAGAGAUGA